AUGCGACUGCUGUACACCGCAAGCGACGGGACGCUUCGAUGGACAAAGGACAUCAUACGUAGCGAGGAGAUUCCUCCCUAUGCGAUCCUCUCGCACACCUGGGGGGAGCAGGAAGUGGUCUUUGAUGAUCUGAAAGACAUCGUACACGCACAACGCAAGGAGGGAUAUCAGAAGAUCCGCUUCUGCGCGCAACAAGCUAAGCUUGAUGGUCUAGACUACUUCUGGAUUGACACUUGCUGCAUUGACAAGGCGAACAACACGGAACUAUCAACAGCGAUCAACUCUAUGUUUCGCUGGUAUCGGAAUGCAGAAAGAUGCUAUGCUUUCCUUUCAGACGUCGGGAACGUCACUAUGGAAGGUAAUGGCGAGUCGGUGUUCAGGCAGAGCAGGUGGUUUAAGCGAGGCUGGACCCUCCAGGAACUCCUUGCUCCUCACUCCGUCGAAUUUUUCUCUAGACACGGAGCGCGGUUGGGUGAUAAGGAGUCGUUUAAGCACACUAUACACGAGGUCACAGGCAUUCCAAUCGAAGCUCUGUCGGGAAGCGACUUGUCCGAGUUCGACGUUGCUGAACGUUUCUUGUGGGCAGCGGAUCGACAGACAACAGAGGAAGAAGAUGAAGCCUAUUGUCUGUUCGGCAUAUUUGGUGUCCACCUACCGCUGAUCUAUGGCGAAGGCAAAGACAACGCCCUUGAACGGCUGAGAAGCGCGGCUGUUCUGAAACAUAAGGGCCGCAGUCAAGACCAAGAAGAGAAGCUUGGCAAGAUACGCAUCUGGCUUUCGGCGCCUGACCCGUCUACCAACUACCACAAAGCGCACAAGCAGCGGCAGGCUGAGACCGGAGUCUGGUUGCUAGAGGGUGAGCAGUUCACGAGAUGGAGAGAGCGUGCAGCAUCGCGACUGUGGCUGUACGGGAUCCCAGGAUGUGGAAAGACGAUCCUAAGCUCUACUGUUAUCGAGCAUCUGCUGCAGUACUGCCAUGAUGACACUAGCAUGGUGAUGGCGUACUUCUAUUUCGACUUCAAUGACACACAGAAACAGGAUCCAGAGCUCAUGCUGCGCUCGCUGCUAUGCCAGCUCCUCCAAAGUUCGGUCGGGAUACCUAAGGGCGUUGACGCGUUGUUCUCAUCUUGCGAGAACGGAAAACGACAGCCGCCAUUGCAUAUGCUUCUAGAAGUGACACGGCAGGCGAUGCAAGAGUUCACCCAGGUCUACGUUAUUCUCGACGCACUUGAUGAAUGUACACAGCGCUCAGAGCUGAUGGAUAUGCUCGAGACGGUGGCUAGAUGGCAGCUUGACAACCUACAUCUGCUGAUGACUAGCCGGAAAGAGCGAGAUAUCGAGACGUGCUUAGAGGGUUACGUUAGGGAAGAGGACACUGUGUGUCUUCAAAGGGACGUAGUGGAUCAAGAUAUACAGCGUUACGUUCAACAAAGGCUGCGUGACAAGAAGAGCUUGGCAAAAUGGACUAAGGACGCUGCGAUUAGCCAAGAGGUUGAGGAUGCACUAAUGCGAGGGGCUCACGGGAUGUUUCGAUGGGCUGUAUGCCAGCUGGACACGUUGGCAAAGUGUCGCAACCUAGUGAUGCUGCGCAAUUCACUCGCCACUUUACCGCAAACGCUAGACCAGACAUACGACCGCAUCCUUACCGCCAUAAGUAAAGAGGACUGCGUGUACGCGAUGCGCAUCCUACAGUGGCUAACGUUCUCUGCCCGGCCGCUUUCUGUCACAGAAGUUGCUGAAGUUGUCGCUAUCGAUGUUGCGCGCGACCUAGCGUUUAACCGCGAUGAAGUGCUAGUAGACCCGCUAGAAGCGCUGGACAUCUGCUCUAGUCUAGUCACCAUUACGAAGAACGAAGAGGACGGAAGGCUAGGUUCUACCCAACAAAUCAUCGCUCUAGCACACUACUCGGUGCAGGAGUACCUCGUUUCGGACAGAAUCAGACAAGGGUCAGCAAAGCAGUACAGCAUGCAAGAGGCCGCAUGUCAGAGUGCAAUAACGAGAGGUUCUUUGAAGUACCUGAUGCAGCUCCAGCAGCCAUUAGAAGAAGAGACAUUACAAGUGUUUGCAUUUGCGAGGUACUCAGCAGAAUUCUGGAGCAGCCACCUUCGAAAGACAGGGGACGAGGGAGAACAAGCCAGUCAGCUAGCGGCGAGUUUAAUGGCCAGAGAAAAGCCUGCAUAUCUUACCUGGAUCCAGUUGCACGAUCCAGACCGUAGCUGGGAGGGGACAAAUUCAAAGAAAAGUCUCGAUAGUGUGCCUAUGCCGCUUUACUACGCCGCAUUGUUAGGCUUUAGCACGGUUACAAGACUGCUACUCGACGCGGGCGCUGAGGUUAACGCGGAGGGUGGAUACUACGGCAACGCACUGCAGGCAGCUUCAUACGGAGGCCACGAGCAGGUAGUCAAGACGCUGCUCGACAAGGGCGCCGAGGUCAACGCGGAGGGUGGACACUUCGGCAACGCACUGCAGGCAGCUUCAGAAGGAGGCCACGAGCAGGUAGUCAAGAUGCUGCUCAACGCGGGCGCCGAGGUCAACGCGGAGGGUGGAGUCUUUGGCAACGCACUGCAGGCAGCUUCAGCUAGAGGCCACGAGCAGAUAGUCAAGAUGCUGCUUGAUGCAGGUGCGCAUCAACACCUGGAGGAUGAUCUUGCGUCAAGGCCUGAAUAG